CUUGCAGGCGUCCCGGCAUCUCCUCUGACCCGGCGUGAUGGGCAAGAAGAGCAAGAAAGAGAAGAAGGGCCGCGGGGCGGAGAAGACGGCCGCCAAGGUGGAGAAGAAGGUGUCCAAGCGCUCGCGGAAGGAGGAGCUUGUUGUCACCUUGCAGAGGCUUUCCCAGACUAGGCUGCCUGUGCUACCAGACCUGCCCUGUCCCAGCCCCUCGGCCCCGCGAUUGUGAUGCUCAGCCGCUUGAGAAGUGCUGCCUUAGAGUGGUAGGAGGGAAGCUUACCUGGCUUCUGGACCUUGUUUUAAUCUGGAGGACCUCGAAGCCCUCAUAGCCCACUUCCAGGCUCUCGAUGCCAGAAAGACUCGGAUCGUGGAGACACCCUGCUCCCCACCUUCUCCAAGGUUAAAUGCCUCACUCUCUGCUCAUCCUGAGAAAGAAGAAUUAAUCCUUUUCGGAGACUUUUGUAUAUAAUGAACUCUACGUCUACAACAUCAGGAAGGACGCCUGGACUAAAGUCGAAAUCCCCAACCCACCUCCGAGGCGUUGUGCUCACCAGGCGGUGGUGGUGCCCCAGGGCGGCGGACAGCUGUGGAUCUUUGGCGGGGAGUUUGCCUCUCCCGACGGAGAGCACUUCUACCACUACAGGGACCUCUGGGUCCUGCAUUUGGCCACCAGGACGUGGGAGCAAGUCAGAUCACCAGGCGGUCCUUCAGGACGGAGUGGACAUCGGAUGGUGGCCUGGAAGAGACAGUUAAUCCUUUUUGGUGGCUUCCAUGAGAGUACAAGAGAUUACAUCUAUUACAAUGACCUGUAUGCCUUCAACCUGGACGCUUUCACGUGGAGCAGGCUGUCCCCGUCCGGGACUGGGCCCACACCCAGGUCAGGCUGCCAGAUGACCGUCACCGCCCAGGGCAGCAUCGUCAUCUACGGGGGCUACUCGAAGCAGAGAGUCAGGAAGGAUGUGGACAGAGGUACCCAGCACUCCGACAUGUUCCUGCUGAAGGCUGAGGAGGGAAGAGAAGGCAGAUGGGCCUGGACUCGGGUCAACCCUUCCGGAGCCAAGCCCACCCCAAGGUCCGGCUUCUCGGUGGCUGUGGCCCCGAACCAUCAGACGCUGCUGUUUGGGGGUGUGUGUGACGAUGAGGAGGACGAGAGCCUGGAGGGCCACUUCCUCAGUGACCUGCACUUCUACGACCCCGUCAGGAACCGCUGGUUCGCGGGGCAGCUGAAGGGGCCCAAGGUGGAGAAGAGGAGGCGCAGGCGGGGCAGAAGAGGGGAGCCCGGGGAUUCCAGCAAGCAGGAACUGAGGGGGACCCGGGCGCAGGAGCCCCUGCAGGUGGCCAGAGAGCUGGUGGCAGAGGACGGGACCGUGGCCACCAUCCAGCAGGGGCUCGCUGCCCGGGGCCCGGCGGGACAGCCCGAGUCCGACGACAGCGACGAUGGCCCCAGCGAGGCGGCGGUCCCUGCGGUGGAGCCGAGCGCCCGCUCCAGCGCCAUGCUGGCCGUGAAGCACGGGCGCCUCUACCUCUAUGGGGGCAUGUUUGAGGCUGGCGACCGCCAGGUCACCCUCAGCGACCUGUACUGCCUCGACCUCCACAAGAUGGAGGAGUGGACCGUCCUGGUGGAGAUGGAUCCAGAAUCUCAGGAGUGGCUGGAGGAGACCGACUCGGAGGAGGACAGCGACGAGGUCAAGGGCGCCGAGGGCGGCGGGGAGAGUGAAGAGGACGAGGACAGCGGUGAGGAGGCCAGGGAGCAACGCCCCUCGGCGGCGCCCGGUGAGCCGUUCGCAGACUCCCUGCCCAGGACCGAGCAGUAGUGGGCGAAGCUGGCGCGGACAACGCCGGGCCCCGGAGAGGAGAGCGCUGAGAGCCGCCCGGGCUGUGGCCGUGGCUUUCUCUGAUGACUCAGCCGCAGCCGCACACCCGCCAGAGCCUAGACUGAGGGGGUGGGGUUCCCUGCCCUCAGCGCGCUGCGUGCGGUUUAAAAUAAACUGGACUUGGCAGGGGGCUGCUGCCGCGAGGGUGGUCUUUCGUGCAGCCUCCGGGCCCCGGUGGUUCUGGCGGGGCCUCGGGCUGGGUCGGGCCGAGCUGAUGGUGAGGGGGAGCCGCCUACACGGCAGGCGGCACCUUGAUCAUGAAGUGGAACGCUGCGGGCUUUGCGGGGUUCCCCUCUGCAAAACUAGGAGACGGGUUCUGCCCGCCUGCACGUUCAGCCGACUCCUUCCUUUUUAAAAAUGAUCGGUGGCCGCCCACCGCCUCCUGUACGCGUUUUCUCGGUUCUCUGGAGAAUAAAGCCUGUUGUGGGCUGGUCUGCUCGCUCUGCCACGUGGCUGUGCCUGGGGUCUCUUGGAGUGCCGUGUGCCCAGCUCCUCUGGCUGCUCCCCACCUUUGGGGAGGAGGUGGUGGAGCUGUGCUCUGCCCUCUCCCCUUCGGGCUCAAGGUCGUCCUUCGCACAGCAGCAGAAGAGGGCAGGAAACCGGAGGGCGGGCCCCACUGUCCCCACACGGCCUCGCCGUCCCCUACCGGGCACGCUCACUGGUGCCUGCUCCAGGGUUAAUGGCAGGAGGCUGCUCUUCGUUUAUGUAAUUGGGGCAGAGCUUGGGCUUUGAAUUCACACCAGGUGAAUUCAUCUUCAUCUAAAGUAUCAUCAGUAACGAGAAAGCAGGGUUCUUAGUUUUCAGUGACGGCCGAACAACCCAUCGUUACCUUGAACGGGCCAUCCUGCUCAUGACCUGGAAGUUAGAAGUGGAGAGUGGGCGCACCCACCCAGCAGAGCGGGCCCGGGCCCGGGCAGGCUUCCGUGGAAGGUCGAGGCCAGCUUGCCCAGAAGCAGCCCCUCACCCCAAGCAGCACUUAUCUUCUCGCCGUGCUCGGCCCCCGCACCUCCGGCCGUGUGACCUCACUCGUCAGACUUCUCCCGCCUGACUGCACGCGGAUCAGGAGUAGGAAGCGCUCUCCUCGCCUCUGCCCACCAGAGCCUCCCUCUGGUUCGGGGCCUGGCAGAGCCCAUGGGGGUCCCGGUCACAGGGCUUGGGCAGGCGCUCCGGCUUCAGCGUCUUGCUUGCGGCUCCCCGUGGGUGCCGGGGCAGGCGGGCAGGGCUCAAAGCCAGGCUGGAUGCCACGGCAGGCCCGCGGGGGCCGCAGAGGCCCUCCCGGUACCUGCCUUGUGUGCUCGCGGUGCGAGGCCCAGGCGUACAGCUCCCGCUCUCUGGGCUGCUGCCUUGGGAGAAGGUGGCUGGGAGAGCGUCGGCCCCAGCGCAGGCUUCUGUUCCCGGGGCCGUUGUUAUUACAGAGGAAGGAGCCUGCAAGCGGGUGAGACUCCAGGGAAGGUAGUUUGGAAUCAAAGAAGUAGAAAAAGAUGACAGCCCCCGGAAGAAACUUCUCUUUUGCUCUUGGCUCUGCUGUCCUGUCCACGGGGUUAUUGCUGAGGACGCCGUUUGAGGGACAGGAAGACAAGCACACGCUCCACACGGGGAGCUGCCUCUGCUGUGUCACCCCCGUGAUCAGAGCGUCCCUUCGGUGGGGCAGUUGCAAGGAGAGGUGGGUGUACGGUGCAGGACUGCGGGGUCCCCAGGGAGGGCAGCGGCCAGCUCACCGUUCCCCCUUCUGCCUGCCGGCAGCUGGUUUGCCGAACUGAAUGCUUCUGGCGCCUGGACGGCCAGCACAGAGCCCUAGGCCUCUGUUCCCUGCAUUGCUGGAGCCAGAACAGCAUGGUGACAGCUGUAUUCAGGGUCAGCGAGGGCCCUGAGUGGACAUUUGUCUUGCCUGCUCCUGGGUCUGCUGACCUGUUGGUAAGACCCCCUCACUGGCCCGCCUUUGGACGGGUUCUGCCUCUGUCUGUCGCUGGUGCCCACCAGCUGGCCCCGUCACUCCUGCGGACACCACUCCAGAGCCCCUGGAGGGCUUUGUGGGGUUUGAGUGUGAAUAGCUGUGCUGCUUUCUCCCCGCUUCCCAGGAGCAGCUCAGCUGGCUGACGGCGUCGGGCUUCGAUAAUUUGAGAGGGUUGGUCUGAGGCGGUGGAUUCCUUGGGGUUGGACUGAAUUGAGCAGAAAUCAAGGGAAACACACAGCGAGCUCGGAGAUCCUUGUCGUUCACAGAGUCGUCUGUGGCGUGUUUGUUAGCAUGUGACAGCGGUGUUUAUUGCAGCGUGACAUCCGGUUUUUGUACCAAGUCGGUGCAGGUGUCUUAGGUCAGAAAGCAAAGCUGCGUGGAAGCUGUUGGUCCAGAGCUUAGACCACGGUCACCUGCGCUUCUGUGGAAGAUCCGUCCGAGGCCAGGCCUGGUCAUCAGGGCUCUGAACACAGCCUCCAGUGGAAGCUGAGGCACCGACGGGCGCAGCUGGUGGCCACGGGGCCAGGGCCGAGGUGAUCUAGGCUCUGGCCAGCCCAGCCAUUCACCUCGGAGCCCCCUGGAUGUGUGCCGUCUGGGGCCGAGGAACCGCGCAGUGCAGCCAGGGCCAGGCCUGGUCGGCAGGCUGUGCGGGGGCAGAGCGGGGGCUCUCUGUGAUCCUGGACCUGGGUCAGGACCGGGACCAGGGCAGCUCGUGGAGCGCAGGACCCUGAGCCGAGAACGCAGGAGAGGCGGUUUCCUCCCGGCCUUGGGGCAGGGAUGGGGGUGCGGGGAGGGUGUGGAGGUCAGAGAGACUCCAGUCGGAAGGAAACAGUAACCGCCCCAAGAGACACAAGGCUGUCGAAGUUUCAGAAAGUUGAGGUAGGUUUGGAGCAACGCUGCUGGGCGGUCCCUCAGCAGAGCGUGCCUCUGCCAGCUGCCUCUGUGUCCUCCGUUGGCUGGCGGAGGGGAGCGGGCGCGAGGUGGGCUCCCGGGUCGGUGAGGGGCUGGCGCCCAGUGGGGCAGCGCUGGCGAGGGAAGGGGCGCAUUUCAGAUCCCUGCUCUCAGAGCUGUGCUGCUCAGCGUCCUGAGACCCUCCAAACACGAUAGACGGACGCCGUCAGGUAACAUACACCUGGUUCCGUGAGGAGUUUGUGUGUGUGCAUCUCAAAGCGUGGGCAAUAGAAGGGAUCUGCAGUGAAGACGCUGACUUACACCGAGAUGAUGCAAGUUACCGAGCUCUCAGAUGGUGGCGUUUAUUACCAAAAGGAGGGAAAGUUUUCUUUAAUCUCGACAGCGUCCCUCACUUGCAGCUGAAAGAAGAGAAGAAAGGCAAAGGGUAACGUUUUCACCGCUUCAUCAAUGAGAAGAAUCAACGCAGUCGACAUUGCCUUUCUGUCAGUGUGCAAAACGAUUGCCUGUAUUAACAGUUUACACGCACCAGGACAUAAGGAGGGAGAAGAGAAAGUGCAGGUUGAGACUGAUGUGUGAGAGAAUCACAGGAGGGCAUCCGUGUCAGGCUGCGUUAGUGACACUGGUCGGCACUUGGGGCCGGUGGUUUUUCACUGUUUGCUUCCUGCCCGUUUCCUGACACCUGGACAGCCCUGGGCAGGAGAGCGAGACUGACCAGGCCCCGAGCCCGGCCCCCCCCUCACUCCUGCACCCUCAUCUGGACUCUCGAUCCUCCUCCUUCGCUGACCAGCAGCAAAUCCUCGUCCCUGGAAAGAUCAACAGUGACUCUGUCGUGGUGCUGACUCGAUGUCACGACGGGACAAGCUGGAUGCCGUCGGUGGGUGGGCGGCCCGCGUGUUAGUGAGGAGAGAGGUCGUGACGCCUGGGAGGCCCCUUCACGGUAAGUUUCUGAGACGAAAGGCAUGGAGCGUUGGAGACAAGACCUGUAAGGCUGAGCUGAGCUCGGUCCAGAGUGGGUGGGCCUCCACCCAGGACGCCUGGAGGACCCAGGGGGAUGGUACCCGAGCUCAGAAAAGGGUGAAAACCGGAAACAGUUCAUUUCAUUCACUUUCCCGAACGUUCGUCUGCUCCAGCGGUCCAGAGCGUCUUGGGCUUGUUGCCUGGGUCUCUCCCUUGGGCUCGGGAACGCCCUUCGGUUUUUAUGUGGGGCGGCUGUGUAACUUCCUGUCCAAAGUGGGGCUCUUGAGAUGAAAGGGAGCACUCUGAUGGCCAGGCUGGGCGUUGGAUGUUUGCCGGGUCCGGCGGGAGUCUGUGGGACCCGCACCGCGUUCUCCGUGCAGCCCGGGGGAGCCGUGGGCUUCGUGCGUGUAGGAGAGCGCCUGUCAUCCUCCCACGCCCCACCCAGAGGGCGUCUAACAGAGAAAUGGGCUUAUGGCUGUUAGACGGGGUGUGGGAAGUCCUUGUGUUUGGAGCCCUCUCCGCCCUCCCCUGGAGUGGCCUCAGCCGCGGGCGUUGUGUUCUCGUGGCCGUGCUGAGCUUUUCUGCAUGGGCAGCGUCUUCCCCGUCAGUCGUUUGGGUGCGGGUGUCGCAUACCCUGUGCAGCGUCCUCUCCCGCUCUCGCAGGUGAGAUGCGGGUGCAGCUUCCCAGCCUGGGGGUGGGGGAUGGCUGGGCAGCAGGGGGUGGCCUGUGCCCCCGCUCCCCGGCUCAGCUCAGGUAACUCAGUUUCUCUGCCUCUGGUUUUCACAUCUCAAGCACGGGAGCAGCUGUUAGGAGAGAAGAUGACUCUCACGAGGUUGCUCUGGGAUUAAUUGAAACCCGUCAGCGCUCCGCGCCACUAGGGCCUCGCGACGGCAUCUGUUCUUGCCCUGCCCCGCGUGUCCACCAGGAAGGCGCCCGGCAGAAGCGGGGUCAGCCAGCCUGGCCCAGAGGGGCUCACGGGCACGCCUGCCGGGAACCCCGGCCUCCGGCAGGUAGGAAAGACUGGCCAGGCUGAGCGAAAGCGUUAGGCCUGUGUGCAGGGCAGCCUGCUCUGGAAACCAGGUAAAAACUAGCUUUCAGGGCCUCUCAGACCCAGUGCAUCGUGGUCUCGGUGGAAUCCACUCGGAAUUCACCGGGUGUAGGGAAGUGGCAGUAACGUGGGUGCUGCUCUGGGUUUCAGUUGUGUUACUGGCAGCCAGACAAGUGGUGGGACGCUGGCCAGCCCCCCCGUGAGCCCCAGCCCCGAAACCACUGCUUGCCUCGCACGAUGGGCAUCUGUGCUGUUGCUUUUCUGCGUAGCUACGUUACGUCACGGUGUGUGCUCACAUGGGAGGAUGCAACCUGCCUGUGUAGGUACCAUUUUGUGUUGCAGUUACUGGAAUGCACAGAAGUCUUUCUGAUCUUCACAGCGCGUUGCAGACAGAAUCACAAGCCACACACCCAGCACGGACGACGCAGAGAGCUGCGAGGAGCAGGCAUGUUUAUUUGGUUCACUCCAGGGCUGCGGCAACCACGCAGUUGUAAAAAAGGAACGGGAAGUAAGGUGUACAAAAACGUGAAACACCCCUUUAGAAAGCAUCAUCGCCAGAGACGGAUUUCCCGUGGCUCCUCCCUCCCUCUCCUGUGUCCCCACUCCCUGAAAGAAGACCCCCAACGCAACCCAACUGUGAGAAGGGACGGGGGGUGAGUAUGUAACAGAAGAAAAACUGAAUUUAACGGGAACAUGCUCUAAUCUUUAGUUUAUUUCUGGUUAAAAAUAUAGCAAUCCAGUGCAGUGUAGUAAAGAAAUCUGCUCGAAAGGUAGCAGAGAAACAGCUGAACAUAAGCAAAGCAAGGCAGGGUCCGCGGACGGCCGCGCCCAGGACCUUCCCAGGCGUGGGUGCAGGGGCCCCACAGACACCUCCAUGCGCGUGGCCGCGGCUGCUCCAUGGCUGGGACCACGGGGCAUCCAGACAGUCCGGGACCUUAUUCUGUUGUUUGGACGGUGGGACAACGCUGGCAGGAAGGGCAGACACACCAGGAACCUGGUUUUGUUGGAUUGAAACAAGGUACGUUGCAUAUUUUGGAGAUGGAUAUGCCAUGAUUUCUCAGGAAUUGUCAAGCCACCGGGUUUCAAACACAUUCCUGUCCUGGGACCCGACCAGCUCCCGAGUGUGGGCGAGGCAUCUGGAAGAAUAUGCAUAUCUGUGAGGGAAGUCGAGGCAGGCACAGGACAAGAAUGUGCAAACCCGUGGCUCAGUGACACACUGAGAGGACGACAUCGUGUGGGGGCCGUCGGGGCCGCGGACAUCUGACAGCCUGGACGCACAGCCUGCAUCCUCAGUGCAGAAACGCCACGUGCUCUGAGCCCAGGCCCAACGGCAGGCUGUCCAAGUGAGGCCCUCCCCAUGCCCGCAGUGCUCCCUGGCCCUGGUGCCAGCCCCCUGGAUGCCCACAGCACAGCAGCCCUGGGGUCUGGGGUUGGGGGGGGGACAGUGGGGAAAAGAAGGACUUUGCCAUAAGACUCAGUGUCGGGGCUGCAGGAGGGCCGGGUUGUGGUCGUUUCAUGGGCAGAAGAGAAAGCAGGUCUCUGCUUCCCUAAGUAAGUGUGCAGCACAGAUUUAAAACAGAAAAAGGCCCAGGCCACUAGCAGCUGGAGCGGGCGCCCUCUCCCGUGCCUCACGCUAGGGCUUGCCACCCGCUAGCUGCUGGGCGCUCCAGGGGCUCUGCCUCUGGUUGCCUCCUUUUCCACGGCCCAGACGGGGGUGUGAUGACGGUGGUGACUGUAUUUUUUGCCAUUGAUUUGCCGGGAUCCCUUCUCUUUCCACGUCAAGCUGGAGGGUCGGCGUGCUGGCCUCCUUCUGCCAUGCCACACAGCAGAGUGUUAUACAAGCAAAGAAUUUUGGCUAAAAUCCAAAAAACAUGACCCAGAAAAAAAGGCAAACUGUGAGUAAUACCCAAUCACGUGGUUCUGUGAGAAGACCAGGAAGUUGUCGUUGGGUGUCCGAGCUACGAGCCUUCCCUUCUGUCGUUCUGCUUUUAAUGUCCCCCGUGUGUACACCAGCUGCUUUUGCUAAUGCGACAGUCUCCUCAGAUGAAAAAGUUAAUAAACAAAAUGGCGACUCCGAUGUUCAGCAAGAUCACCAUGGCCACCAGGAUAGGCGCCGAGCCCUGGAACGGAAGCGGAAGAGGAGUGAGCCCCAGGCCACACCCCCUCCUCCUGAGCGAAACUUUCCCCCAGCAUAACCACCCGAGCUCUGCACACCUGGGACGCCAGGUGCAGCCCACCCAGCGUGGCCCCAGACCUGGCGACGGGAGAGCCCUCUCGGUUCAGUGAACAACUGCCCAGGAGCUGCGCAGCCGCCGGGAGCCCCUCGCUCUCCUGGGGCACGAGCCCACCUGGCCCUUGGACCACAGCCUCUCCCCCACCCCGACCCCGCCGUCCUUGAGCCUCUGCGGUGACGGUGCCGAGGCCACGGUGCUGGACAAGGAUGAGGGGCACCAGCUGCCCCGACCACCCUGGGCCUCUGCUGGAAGCCCCCUCCCGUGGAACCACUCAGGGCACCCGCCCUCCAUGGGAGGAGUGCGCCAAGGGCGGGUCUCACCCACGAGGCGUGGUCCUCACCCGUGAGCGAGACCCAGCGCCCACCACGGGGCCUGAGGAACCCAAGUCACGGCCCCACCCCGCGCGUCUGAUCCCACCUGGGGGACUCUGUCCCUCUCACCCACAUGGGAGCCAGACCCGUGUGUGUCCUGCCUGCUCUGGCCUCUGUGUUUCCCUCCAGGAUGCAGGACGUUCCUCCAAGCGCCACCGGUGAGGACCUCUGGGGCGGAGAGAAGGUCAAGUCCCAGCGCAGCAGCCGGGGCUCCGCCCGGUCCCCCAGCCGCAGGCUCUCCAGCCUCUGAACCGCGGGCUCCGCGCACGAGGCCGGCCUGGCAUGCUCCUUGUUCUGGGACUUGGACCGCAGUCUCUGGGCCCCGAAGCCCCGGUCGUCGGUGCCCCCCUUGCUGUAGCGUCUUUUCGGGGGGUGCACCUCCUGCGUGUACGAGUCCAUCCUCAGCAGGGGCUUCAUCUCCAUCUCGUAGUUGCUCAGCUUCUCCUCGUCCAGCUCCAGCAGCUUGGUGCUCCCCGGGCCGGGGUUGCCAGCCCGGUGGUGGGAAGUCCAGGAGAAUGUGGUGGGGGACCCCGUCCGUCGCUCCCGGGGCUUGGGGUUGCUGGGCUGCCUGUGGCCUGGGCCCCGGGCCCGGAAGGCUUCCGCGGGCUGGCCACUGCGGAGGGCGCCGCUGCGGACGCCCCUGGAGCCCCCGGCCUUCUCCUCUCCCCAGCUGUUCCGGGCGCAGUCCCCUCCCCGGCCCUCCAGGAGCAUCUGGAUGUCCCCACCCCGCUCCUCGUCCACCGAGACCUGCCGGGAGAAGUGGGCCACCUUGUUCCUCGAGGCGGGGGCCGGUGGAGGGGUGGCCGUGGGGCUGGCGGGGAAGCUCUGCAGGGGGCUGUCGUCGGGGGUGGUGCCCUUGCGGUACAGCUCUGGGCUCUCCUGCUGUAAGGGUGUCCCGGCGGAGAUGACCUCGAUGUCGUCACUGGAACGCUGCCGCUUCGGCCGCUGGUACUCGAGCCCUGGGUCAGGGACCAGAUGGGGAGCACAGAGGGGGGUUACUUGGAUGUUCCGUGUGGAGGCCCAGUCUCACCUGAGGAUGGCAGGGGACCAGGACCGGGCUAUGGUGGCGGGCAGCCAGGGCCCUCGCUGCCCACCCGCGGGCUAUGGGGCGAAGGAAGGGGGAGGGCAGUGCUCCCAAAGCCCCUAAUAGACCCUCCAGUUCUCCUCUGUGGGCACUUCAAGGAUGACCAGAGUGGGACGGGCAGGGUGGACAGUCAUUCUGGUCCAUGCCCCCGGCUGCAGGGGUGACCCAAGGCCCGAGAGCGUGCUGGCCUGGCCUGCUCGGGGAUUCUGAGGUCCCACGCCCGCGGACCCCUCCUGACGAUAAAAAAAACAUCUCGUGCUAGGUGACCUUCUACAAGGCAGGACAUGGAGUGUUUGUGGCUGAAUUCCAACGCUUCUGUUCCCUAUCUUGGGUCCUGUGGUUCUCAAGGCUGCGCCAAAGCCCAGGGAUCCUACCGGCGGGGCCAAGAACUGCAGGCUCUGGGAGGAGAGCUCAGGGCGUGGUCCCGGGACACACUCCACCCCAAACCUCGCGAGGCUUCCACUCGCUCUGGGAAGCCUGACCCAGGUGGGGCGACGCGUCGGGCUGGGAGGAUCGCGGCCUCAGCGGGCCUCUCCGAUCGAUGACGUCCCUGCUGCAGCCUCCCUGCCUCCCUCAGGCCCGUCCCCCAAGGGGGGACGAGGGCCUCGGGUCUGGCUGACUCUCAGUGGCUUCUAGCUCCUUCCAGCCCCACCCCUUGGACAGGCGGGAGGCCCGCCCCCCAGCGUCCCAGAGCUGUGCUGACCAACUUGGCCACUGCUAGUCACGCGUGGCUGCUGAUGGAUCAGGUGAGACGAGGUGAAGCUAAGGAUGGAUGCAGACCCGUGGCCGCAGUCCUGGCCUGGCGGGCAGCAGCCUCGUCAGACAGAGCAGUCACACAGGUUCUAGCAUAACCCUAGGGGGAGGAGUGCACACACAGUCUCGGGGGAGAAGCAGACCGAGGGAGGCAGUGGGCUGAUGGCGGCUGCGGGGCAGAACCGUCGGAUGUGCCUUGGGACACCCCCCACCCCGGCUGCCCUGCCCCCAGCGGCACCGGGACUCACCGUUUUCCCUGUGCUGGAAGGAAGGGGAGAACUCUUUGGCAGUGAUCCUGGCGAUGCGCGCUUCCUCCUGGGCCUUCUGAGCCGCGGUGAGGGCCGCCUCGGCCUUGGCCCGGGAGUGGGAGGUCCUGGGCAGGAGAGACAGGGAGGGUGGUGAAGGCACGGGGUGGGGGGUGGCUGCAGCAGAGGGGCCGGGACAGGAUGCCCGAGACCUCACUCACUCGGCAAACGUCCCCGGGCACCGCCCAGGCCAGGGUGCCCGCCAGCUGUUCUGAGCAUGGAGCAGACCGCACCAGAGCGAGAGCAGGACCUGCCUAGCCUGGGCUGUCUUCAUCCGGGGUGAGCCCAGAUCCUGCCGCCAGGAGGCUCCCUCCGUCCCCUAGCCCGGCUACAGGCUAGAGACCGCAACCCGUGACUGACUCAUCUGUGAACCUCCGGGGGCGGGCAGGUACUCCGUGUGGACCCGACCAGAGAUGACCGUCUGGGGGCGGCUGUGCCCCCCCACCCCACUGUGGGCAGAGCGGGCCACCCUCCAGGGUGAGCAACUGGCCAGCUUCGGGCAGGAAGGGGAGGGCUCGACAGCAGGACCAGCCCGCCCUCAGAAGAGGGCACAGGGCACGAGGAGUACGGCGCGCACGGCCCGCCCUGGCCUGCCCAGCCUCCCCCUGGCCUGCCCAGCCUCCCCCUGUCCUGUGUGAAGGGGCCUCGCUCGUCCCAGUGCCCUGCACCUGGGCCCCCGGCCAAGCAGUUCUUCAGCCCAAACCCUGUCCCCUGGAAGCUGGUGUCACCAGUCCGGUGUGCGCAGAGAAGUCUGAGCCCUAGUCUGCAGGUGCCGAGAGAAGGCAAGUCUGUGGCCCGGGAUGAGGCCCGACGCCGCUUAGCAGCUGGGGGGGCGAUGGACAGAACCAGUGGUGGCACUGCCCUCGGGCGGGGCACACCCCAGGGUGGACACGGGGCCGCGAAUCCAAAUGAGCCGAUGACACCGCCCUUACGCUUCCAGCAGCACAACCUCCCGCCCGGCGCUCAGCUGCCCCUCCCCAGCUGAGUCCGUGUGAGGCCCUUCGGGGGCAGGACUGGGUGCCCGAAGCAGGACAGCACCCAGCUCCUGAGGGUCUCCCCUGCCUGCAGUUUCCAUUUCUUCCUGCUUGGUGUCCUGGCUCCAGAGGCCCUGCUUCCCACCGGGGAAGCCAAGGCAACAACGACUGAUCCCCCGAGACGAGGGCAGCCUGCCCCCGUUACGCACUCCACGGGCUUAACCUGGAGACCCCUCACCCCUCGUGCGCCACUGGGUUCUGUUUUUUCAAAAUGCCACUGUGCUAACCGAGAAGAAUUUACAAGAAGAAAACCAACGUGCGACGUACACACACGUACAACAUGUACGUCAUCAUGUGAACCUGGGUCCAGGACGCGGAGCAGCGAGUAGCCUCCAGGCUUCUGCCACCCGCCACCUGCCGCGUCACCUGGGAGCAGGACCCAUAGACGGAAGAAACCUAUGUGCAAAAGCGCAGCAUUGAGAAAAUUCUAUCUUUUGCGUGGUUUCUGUCACUCACUGUAGCUGCGUCCCAUGCCCCUCGGAGUGAAAGCUGGGAAGCACCGCCUUGUAGAAGAUUCCUUGGGAACUCCGCGGUUAUAAUUCCAGCAGAAGAGGGGGAGGAACCUCAGGGGGGCAAAGCCAGGAAUAAAACACAAAUUAUGAAUA